AGUAACGAAACAAGCAUGCUGCUGCGGAUUGAAUUGCUCGACCUGCUCCGCAGCGGGCGUUGCACCACUGCGAGGAGAAAGCACGAACCCGCAAACAAGCAACAGAGAAUCCGCUAAAUCCUGCAGCCUCCCAUCCCCCUUUCUCUGGUCCAGCACUGCCUGCCGCUGUUCACUGAGCUCAGCAUUGAGACCUGCGAGUUGUGUUGUGUGCGGGUGCGAUUUUGAGACGCAACCAACAAUUACAGCGAGUGAAGGAGUGGUGGUGGUGAUGUGACUGGUAGCUCCCACCGCCACCAACAGCAUGGUUUUAUUGGAAACCUGGCGAUACGAUCCCUCCGCAUUCUCAGCCGGACUGUCCUCCUCCUUCUCCGGAGAAAGCGACACAGUGAUGGGGGUGUGUAUCUGAAACAGAUCCAACGCGUGUGUGUGUGUGUGUGUGUUAUUUUUAAACAGUUCCUGCCACAUGAGCACUCCCGCAGCAAGCAAUCACAGAGAGAGCAACGGACAUGAAACACUCGCACAGGAAAUAACGAGGGGAAAUUAUUAAAAGCUGUGGAUAUUUGUAACUCAUCAUCGUGUAUCGCUUCCUGCUGACUUCAUUCGCCACGAAGGAUCUGGAAUAUCAGCUGAUUUCUACCUAGCCGGCAGACAUGGCAUCCCUCCAGGGCAGUGUCCACCAUGUCUCUGUCCAUUCGGCCAUCGCGCCGGAUCACCUCGUCCUCCAUCAAUAGGAGCCAGUCGUUCGGUGGAGUGAACUCAUCAGACAAGCACUACAGGAAUCGGGCCGUGUUCAGCACCCCGACCAACUCCAGGAAGUCUCCCUCCAGGGCCAGCAGGAUGUUCACUCUCUCCCACAAGUCCCUGCCACCCAAGGUGCCGCAGCCGGAGCGGCUGGACGAGGUCUACGAAGCGCUCAAGAGAGGCCUGCAAGCGUACCUGCAGGUCCAUCAGCUUGAGCUGGACAAUCUGACCCGACAGAUGAGAGAGUCCAAGAGGAACUCCAGACUGGGCUUCCUGUAUGAAUUGGACAAGCAAGUGAAAGCCAUUGAGAGGUUCAUGCGACGGCUGGAGUUUCACCUGAGCAAGAUUGACGAGCUUUACGAGGCUUACUGCAUGCACCGGAGACUGCGGGAUGGAGCCAAUAAGAUGGUGAAGGCUUACACCGCGGGCUCGCCUGGCAGCAGAGAGGCACGAGAGAGCCUGGCAGAGGCCAACAAGGGCUACAAGGAGUACACUGAGAAUAUGUGCAUGCUGGAGAGUGAGCUGGAGAACCAGCUGGGAGAGUUCCAGGUGAAGAUGAAAGGACUGGCAGGUUUUGCGAGGCUGUGUGCUGGGGACCAGUAUGAGAUCUUCAUGAAGUACGGCCGGCAGCGCUGGAAGCUGCGGGGCCGGAUCGAGAUCAAUGGGAAGCAGGUGUGGGACAGUGAGGAGAUGGUCUUCCUGCCCCUCAUCACAGAGUUCCUCUCCAUCAAGGUAACAGAGUUGAAGAGCCUGGCCAAUCACGUGGUAGUGGGGAACGUGUGCUGUGAGACGAAAGAUCUGUUCGCCGCCCUCCCCCAGACAGUAGCAGUGGAUAUCAACGACCUCGGAACAAUCAAACUCAGCCUGGAGGUGACGUGGAACCCGUUCGAUAAGGACGACCAGUCUUCCACAGCCAGCACUGUCAAUAAAUCCUCCACUGUGAACAAGAGGUUCUCUACCUACAAUCAGAGCCCACCGGACACACCUUCCCUGCGGGAGCAAGCUUUCUAUAACAUGCUACGCAGGCAGGAGGAGAUGGAGAACCCCGCUGCCUGGUCCAACUCCUCGGAGUCAUCGGACGAUUCGUCCAGCCCGCAGCUGUCCGCCAACCAACGGCACGCCCAGAAGACCGUGGUCCAGCCCGAGAUCCAGGCUGCAGCCCCUGUCAUCGAGAUCUCCUUCGCCCCCAAGGAGGAGCCUGUGAGCGCAGGCAAUCCAGCCAGCCAGGAGGAGGAGCCGUGCGAGGAGGACAGGGAGAAGAGCGAGGAGGUGGUGUCCAAUGGGCACGUGCGCUACUCGCGGUCUCUCAGCCACAUCAGCGAAGCCAGCGCGGACUCCGCCAUUGUAGAGAGCAUAGCCACAGAGACUUUUCCCACGGAUGCUGCUGCAGAGGCUACUGUCUCUUUCGAUGCCGUAUCGGUGGAUGAUAUCGUCAUGGAGGUUCCUUCCACGCCUGAAAGGUCGGUGAAAACCCCAGACCUAAAAGAACAGGAAACCCAGCAAGGGGCCGUGGACUCUCAAAGCGCAGAGAGCAGCAAGCCCAAGGGCAGUGGGGAUGUGACUAGGAACUCGCUUGUGGUGGUAGCCCAACUGCUGGAAACCACAGCCCAGUCCACGGACCAACUUUCUUCCCCAGCCCUCACAGAGGCGGGCGUUAUGACAGAGGAUUUGGCUGCAGCCCCCAGGACUGAACAGCGGCAGAGCCAGCAGGGGGCCUCAGAGGUUGAGAGUCCAGCACAGGAGGCUCCAAGGCAAGGCCAUGCUGAGGACACUUGGGCAGCACUUAGUGAGAAAGCCAAGCCUGUGGACAGUGGCGUUGAGGAGGCCCUGAACACACUGAUUUCCACGCUGGAUGACUACAGAGGCCAGUUCCCUGAGCUCCAGCUGCUGGAGCAGGAGACGAGACACCUGGAGGACAUCCUCAUGCAGAGGCAGGGCCUGUGUCGGAGCCGGUCCUCCAGUAUCAGCCUGACGGUGGAGCACGCACUCGAGAGCUUCGACUUCCUCAACACCCACGACCUGGAGGACAGCGGGUCGGGGAGCUCCGACGAGGAGAGAGAGGGGGAGCAGGAGGAGGAGGAGGGUACGAGCAGGCCAGACAGCUUGCAGCAGGGCAGCAGUGUGCCGGGGGAGGAGAUCGGGCUCCUCGGGGACUCUGAAGUGUCUCCUGAUCCUAUGAGCACAGGCAGCGAGCACCUGGACCGGGCCCUGGUGGUGCACCUGGACAACUGCAGCCACCUGCUGCUGCAACUGGGUACGUUCGGGCCGCUGCGGUGCCGGGAGAUGUAUGCUCUGGACAAGCUGCUGAGGGAGGCCCGAGUCCUGGGGCUGGUGUGCAAAGUGAGCGAGGAGAAAAGCGGGGUCGUGAACUCUGCUGAGGAGGUAUUGCCGUUCUUGGAAUCCAAGCACAAAGCCCUGGCGUUCUGGAGCCAGUGCACAGAGGCUCCGAACAUGUACACCACGACCGCUGAGAGGUUCCUGCAGAGCCUGCACUCAGUCUUCAGCGCCAGACUCCAGGACCAGCACUACAGCAGAGCAGACACAGUGUUUGUGAAGCUAGCCGAGCGAGUGCUGGAGAAGAAGCUGCCUGAACGAGGCUGCAGCGGGAGGCAGGAGCUCAUAACCCUCUUCCAGUACUGGAGCCACCUGGAGGACGAGGGCGUGUCCGCGCUGGACACCUACAUCACUGAGCUGGCUGAGCAAGUGUCCCUUAUUCAGAGCCUGCAGUCUGGGGACCAGGACACUGUGCUCAAGACACUGAAGCGAGUCCCGCAGACCCAGCUGCAGAAGGAGGGUCUGCGAGUGCUCAGCCUCCUGCUGCUUGACAAGAGGAUCAAAGUGAGCAAUGCUGCCUCGGCACUGCUGCGGAGCCUGGCAGACAGCCCCAGAUCCAGGGAGAGGGCUCUGGUGUCCUGCUUGGAACUACUUGAAGAUGAGUGUGUGGAGACCCGAGUAGCAGGCUGCAAGGCUCUCUCAUGUCUUAAGGCCAAAGAGAGCAUUGACCAACUUGUGUACCUGUGCCAGACGGACAAGGAUGAUGUGAGAGAGGCAGCAAAACAGGCCCUGCUGUCCUUCGGUGAGGAGGGGAAGCUCGCUCAUCGCCAUACAGAAGACUCUCAGGACGGCUUGCCCAGGCUCUUUGCCCCUGGCAGCAUGGCCAGCACAGCGUUCUAGCGGAGCGAGCUGCACAGAGGAACCCCUCCUUCCAUUUGAAAGAACAAAGCGGAGCAGAUUGGACGGGACUCUCUGCCUGACUGAGGGAGUGUCGGAGCAGGGGCAGCAGCAGCACGAGUCGGACACAGAGAGAGAGAGAAAGCAAGCCAGUAUUACUGCCUUAUAUUGCAGUUCAGCUUCAUCUUCCAAAGCAAGGGGACAGUUUUUUUUUUUUUUUUUUUUUUUUUUGCGCUUGACUGAUUGGAACAUCACAGGCCUGUGCUUUAUGACACACAAGGAUAAUUAGCCAAUGAGGGCUGCAGGGAGGGUUUGGGGGGGCUAAAUGUUACAUGACUUUUCUGGUGGAAAUGCACUUUGAAUGCACAUCUACUUAUGACCAGGAGGAUGGAGCAUCGCAGCUGGUGUGUGAGUGUGUGCGUGUGUGUGUGUGUGUGUGCGUGUGCGUGCGUGUGGGCAAACAGCCACAAUGACGACACUUUGAAACACUUAAAGACUGGGCUGAAAUACUUAAAACAUUGAACUUGUCUUUUAUUUAUAAAGGGGGGUAGGCAGUACCAGCAGUAUCUAAUUUGUGCAAUUCAAUAAAAAUGUAUAGUGAUCCCCUUAUUCUGCUAUCCUAAUUUGAAAAUGUUAUGAGACUACAAAGUGUGGGUGGGUGGGGGUGCACAUAGGGAAUCAAAAUAAUCUGGAGUACAGAACUUUUCAUGCUGUUACUAGAACAUCUGUAAAACAAAACUGUACCAAGAGCCCGUUAGCAGUGUGAUAAUGCACAUUAAUAAUGGAGCUGCAUACCAUAGUAGUUUUAUCAAUGUGGCUGAAUCUGUGGCCGGAGGUGUGUGUGGGGAGGGGGUGAUGGAGAGACUGAGCUGCCUGCUUGCGAUGUUCAAGCCAUCCAUAACUUCAAACAUUCAUCAAAUCCUGCGGUAAAACCCAAGUCUACAAACAUUUCACGCCUUUUAGACAAAGCUGUUGGUGUAGAAAACAAUGACGGCAAGUGCUGGUGAAAAGGCAGUGAUCCGGGGGGGGGUCGAUCCCUUUGACUGGCUCCUGGGAACCAUGCGCCCAGUCUCUGCCUGAAGGAUGACAGCAGAACAACCAACAGAGGAACAGAAAAGGGUGCAGCUCACUGGUUCAACCCUCUCCGUGAUUCCUAAUAAAAGAAUGCAUCGCUUCCCAGUUUGAGAAUGCAUCGCUUCCCAGUUUGAGAAUGAAUCGUUUCCCGUUUGAGAAUGAAUCGCUUCCCGUUUGGAGGGAGUGCCCUUCGUUACAGGAUAUUAACCAGGUUGGGAAUGGGACCUGACAGCAUUAUAUUUUUGAACCAGUGUUGCAGAUGCCGUUGGAAUGCUCUGUGUAUUCCACGUGUCUGUUCCACUGUUGGACUUUAGUUAAGUAAUGGAAGCCACUUCUAUCCAAGUGCCUCAUAUUACAAUGUAGAAUCUUUUAUUGUAAAGAUAAAAUAAAAGAAGAAAAAAUGAUUAUACAUUUUAUUUAAAAUAAGAAGGACUUAAGCUGUAGAGGCUUCAGAAGAAGAAAAAAAAACUGCAUUGAAAUUUCCCGAGAAAUUUUUUAUUUUCCAGUUAUUUACAGAUUGUGCGGGAUUAAAGAAACAUGUAAUAAUUUCACUUGUGAUUUUUUUUUUAUUUUUUGUUCUUGUUUUCUUUUUCUAUAAGAUAUAUAUUGUAUGUAAAAGAUCUUGCCCAAACCGGAAUAUAAACUAAAUAAUAAAAACAGAAAAUUUG